AACUUGAAACCUAGUUAUGUCCCACGGACACAGUCACGACGGAGCUCCGUGUGGAGGACAUCACGGUGAUGAUGGUGCCGGUGGCUCUCGACCAUCUGUCAACGAUGUGCAAGCGCUUGUCGAUCAACUUCGUCUUGCUGGUGUCGAUGUAUCCAACAUGCCCAACAUUCCAACUGCUCCACGUGACAUGGAUGAGGCGCGAUCGAAGAGCUUCCAGUUCUGGAGCACUCAACCAGUUCCACAAAUGGACGAAACCGUACCAGCCGAUGUGAACUGUGCUAUUGAAGAGAACAUCGCUCUUGACAAAGUCCGUGCGGAGCCAUUCUCCCUUCCAGCCGGAUUCCGCUGGUCCAACGUUGACUUAAGUGACGAGGAGCAGCUCAACGAGCUCUACAAUCUUCUUACCCGCAACUACGUUGAAGAUGAUGAUUCCAUGUUCCGCUUCGACUACUCCGCUGAUUUCCUGAAGUGGGCUCUCCAGGUGCCAGGAUUCCGUCCUGAAUGGCAUUGUGGAGUUCGUGCUGACAGCAACAACCGUUUAUUGGCCUUCAUCGGAGCUGUCCCACAAACCGUCCGCGUGUACGACAAGACUGUGAACAUGGUGGAGAUCAACUUCCUGUGCGUUCACAAGAAUCUCCGUUCUCGACGUGUGGCUCCAGUGCUCAUCAGGGAGAUUACCCGACGUGUAAACGUCACAGGAAUCUUCCAGGCCGCCUUCACUGCUGGAAUCGUUAUUCCAAAACCAGUUUCCGUGUGCCGCUACUAUCACCGAUCGCUCAAUCCACGAAAGCUUAUCGACGUUCGCUUCUCGCAUUUGUCUGCCAAAAUGACAAUGGCGAGAACAAUUAAGCUUUACAAGUUGCCUGAGGAGACGGCCACACGCAACCUUCGCGAGAUGAAAAGUACCGAUGUACCACAGGUUUUCAAGUUAUUGACUACAAGUCUGAAGCAAUACUCAUUGGCUCCAGUCUACAAUAGCGAGGAAGAACUUGCUCAUGCCCUUGUUCCUAAAAAGGGUGUCGUGUAUUCGUAUGUAGCAGAGAAUCAAAACGGUAAGAUUACCGAUUUCGUCUCGUUCUACUCUCUUCCAUCAACUGUUAUGGGACACACGACCCACAAGACCAUCUAUGCCGCUUAUCUCUACUACUACGUUGCUGGAUCAGUGACCCCCAAGCAGCUCAUCAAUGAUUCCCUUAUUCUAGCCAACCGUGAAAAGUUCGACGUUUUCAAUGCUCUCGAUCUGAUGCACAACGAGAAAAUCUUCUCGGAUCUCAAAUUCGGCAAAGGUGACGGCAAUCUUCAGUACUAUUUGUACAACUGGAAGUGCGCCGACAUGAAGCCAAGCCAAAUCGGGCUUGUUCUUCAAUAAAUUCGUGUUUUUCAAUUUUUCAAAAAGUUAUUAUAAGUUCUAUAUAACCUGACCCACAGCAGGAUUUCAAGAAUAGAUAUUAAAAUCGACUUCUUGUUUGCCACCUGUUGCCUCAGUUCUCCUGAUUGCCCUUUCGUUUUUGAUAUAUCUCCUUCCUCUCAAUAACUUUAUCAAAUAUUUAUUUGUUUCCUUUUUCCAUAAAUUUCAUUUUAGAAAAAUAUAUUGAAUCAUAAAUGCUCAAAGUGUUUACAUAAUAGUCUGGCGCGUUGUGUAUAUAGAAUGCAACAUGGAAACAAUUCU